AUGAUGCAUCAUCAUCAUCAUCACCAUCCUCUUACGAGUAGCAAUUCCACUCACUCCACACAAUUAAAUCCCAAUAGUUCCCCCAUUCAUUCGCCUUAUGCUACAACAACAGCCGCAUCUGUGAGGGUAUCGCUGGUUGUGUCUUCCGCCUCUCCUAAUAGCCCAUCUCCCCUCAAUAGAAAAAACAGCAAUCCCGCUAGCUCUCUUUGUCAGAUAGGUGGUGUUCCAGAAAAUAUACACCCUGCUGUGAGUCAGCUUUCCCUCUUGUACUCAAAGCACAGAAUUGUGGGCGGAAAUGCUCGGUGUCUUGCGCUCCUACGCGUUUUUAAAAAGGUCAUUCAAGACUACUUCCCCCCUGCAGGUGUUUCCAUUUCGCGCCAUUUGGACGCUACACUUAAGCCACAGAUCGCUUGGCUCGUCAAGAGCCGGCCGCUCUCUAUUUCUAUGGCGCAUGCGAUACGACACUUGAAGUGGCAAAUUGCUCAUCUCCCGCUCAUUGACCACUCUGUCCCAGAGUCUGAUUCGCUUUCAAUUGUAAAGACAUAUCUAUGCCAAGCCAUUGACUCUUAUCUCAGAGAGCGAAUUGAGCUUGCCGACGAGCUUAUCGUGUCACUCGGCAUUAACAGAAUAGAUGGAGAAUCUCUGAUGGUUUUUUCACAUUCGGAUGUCAUUCUAGACUUGCUCGUUGCGGGCGCACAACGGGGAAAAAAAUUCUCCCUGGUGGUUGUCGACGCAGGACCUCUUUACGAGGGCCAGUUUGUAUUAAAAUAUUUGCAACAGCGACUGGGAGUUCCGCUUUCUGAAAUCAUACCAACAUCGUAUGUCCCGCUUUCAGCAAUUGGCCACGCAUUCAGAAUUGGCAGUGUCACCCGCGUGCUACUAGGAGCCCACUGCAUUUAUUCAAAUGGAAAUGUUCAAACCCGUGCAGGAAGCUCCAUGAUUGCAUUGAUGGCCCAUCAAGCCAACGUUCCGGUGAUCGUGUGUUGCGAAACUUACAAAUUUUCAGAUAAAGUUCAACUUGCCACCACUUUGACGCACGGGAUCGAUGAUGGUUCUUCAAAGCGCUCCAACUUUGCUAACUUGCGGAUAUCCCACUCGCUGCAUGAUAUUAUCCCAUCAAAGUUCGUUUCGAUGAUCAUCACUGAAAUGGGGAUGAUUCCAUGCACAUCUGUUCCUGUCGUUAUCCGGGAAUACCGACCCUUUCCCAUUUAA